GUGAUCGACUGGGCUGCAAUUUGCAUCGGCUAUGAACGAUACCAUGCAGCAUGAGAUGCACUGGGCCGAUAGUCCAUACUAGCGUCCCUAGAACGAGUUCAUCACCCAGCUGACAGUGACACAAAACUCAAAUCAGAAAUUUGAAUGGCCUAUCAGACACUGUGACGGGGUACGGUUUCCACAGUUCAAGCAACAUCCCUGCUCGGAUGACGCUGCUAAUAGGUGGGUAAAUCUACACUCCCUGCUGUUCGCAUGAUGUACAAUUCGUCUUCGAUGCACAAACCCCAAUGUGGGCGGCAAGCCACAUGAAUGUCCACCCCCAUAGAUGAAGUGUGAAGUCUACACUGCAUUGCCUGCCCUCUAUCAAUAGCCAGUUGCAUACAGUUUGCUAUCAUUCAAAAGUACCAGACAGCCCCUCAUAGGCAGCCUACUCUCGACUCGUCGUUCUACCUAGAACCUCGAAACAAGAGAGCCUUUAAGACCAUGACCCUCACUACAGACUACCAUUCAGGCAAAGCCUACGUCGUAACCGGCGGCUGCUCAGGCAUCGGCCUCGCUAUCCUCCACUACCUCCUCGCACGAUCCGCCAUCGUCCACAUCCUCGACAUCUCCUCCACCCCACCACAAGUCCCCUCCCACCUCCCUCAGAAAAACCUGCAUUUCUACCCUAAUACGGACGUCACCUCCGGCUCUAUCGUCCGAAAUGUUUUCACACAAAUCCGAACCAUCACCACGACAAUCCACGGCCUGAUCAAUAACGCCGGAAUUGCCUACCAGCCUGUCGUUACAGGAUUAGAAUCGGAUGAGCUCUUCGACCGAGUCAUGGACGUCAAUGUCCGCGGCGUAUGGAAUGUUGGCAAUGCAUACCUCUCGCACAUCCUCUCGAGAGAGGCCGAUGAGCAGCCUAACCCGGCGGCAGCCAUAGAAGGAAGGGGUGUGAUUGUGAAUCUAUGCUCCAUCGCAUCCUUCCACGGAAAUCUGGGGUAUGUGUCGUACACGGUGAGCAAGCAUGCCGUGCUGGGCAUGACGAGAGCAUGGGCGACGAAUUUCGCGGCCCAGGGGGUGAGAGUAAACGGCGUGGCGCCGGGGGGUACGGAUACGCCCUUAUUACAGGGCAUCAUGGCGAAGACGGAUAUUCAGGAGCAAUACGAGAGUCAGGUGCCGUUGGGCAAGAGAUGUGCUAGGCCAGAGGAGAUAGCUGAUGCGGUUGGGUUCUUGUUGGGGAAGGAGUCGAGCUAUAUGACGGGGCAGGUGAUUACUGUGGAUGGGGGGAGAUAUGUGUGAUGAUACACUCAUCUAUUCUAACCAAUACUACUAUCUCCAUAAACCCCCCCGAAACCCGAAACCCAUCAUAAAUCUGAUCAUCCGCCAUCUCCAUCCUUCUACCCAACCCUAAUCAUAUUAAUCGUCCUCCGACUCUGAUUCCCCCAUAAGAUAAUUAGCAAGCACAAACCGCAGCCCAAACCACCAGAUCCGUCUGAUUACUCC